AUGUCGCAACGAAAACACCACUUGCAGCGCAUUCAUGCUCUUCAAGAGAGGUACAUUUCAUCCUCAAACCUUCUUGGCAAGGUCACCCGGUUAGAAUCCAAAAGUCCCAAGACUGCCACUGACUAUAAAAAUAUUGAAAAACUCAAUGGAAAAUACAAGCUCCUUCUUAAAUACGAGCAGGAUCACUCCAAACUCUCUGAGGCAACUAGCGAUUUUUCUUCCGAGGCUCCAAAACUCCUCAAACAUCAUUCCAUUUACUACGAUGCAGAAUUAAAUCCUUUGGGAAAAGCUCCAUUUUCGGGUCUUCCUAACUUUGCGUCCUACAAAGUUAAGCAGUCAACCAUACCGUCCAACACAGAUGAACCAAUUCCCCUUCCAUCAACGCCAAAGCCUCGGUUCUACAAACUUAAACAAGUACAGACAACCUACGUCAGCAAAUCAUAUAACGAGUAG